AUGCGCGGCGCACCCCCUCCCUUCGCCUUUUCGAGAGUGAUACCAGCCGCAGAAGCCGCUGGAGGGCCCGGAGCAGCGUCAAUAGCAGGCCCGGGAGGGUCAGCAGGGACGUUUAGCCCAGCGUCCCCACAGAGCGCGCCGAGGUUGCCAAGUACGAGCCCCACACGGCCGCCAGUCCCGGGACUGCUCGUGCCGACCGACCGGACGCUCGAGGACCUCGAGGAGAACUGGCUGCCGCGUCUGGGAAAGCUCAAGGUCGACCGCGAGGUGCGGAUUUCAGGCUACACGUUGUAUGGAAUAAGGAGCUGGUACCUCUCACGAACACACUGGAUGUUCACCAUUGCCGUGUCUUCUGGCAAGCCGACAGAUUACAUCUCGUGCUAUGUCCUCACCCCUUGUCCCGAACUCUCAGACGCGGAGGGAGCCGCCGUGCUCGCUUCGGCGGCACACUACCUCGCAAGCGAGACGCACGGCCACACACGAAAGACCGAACACGGCACGCUUCUCGUGAGCUCGCCAGCGGGAUAUGGACAAGAGAUAUCGCCCAUCCCCACAGGCGACAUGCGUGGUGCGUGGCCGUUUAUCGUCCUCAACACUGGUCUCCGUCGACUGGGCUGUGGCGGCCGUGCCGCCAUGGGCAACGACCCGCCCGUCCCCGCUGUCCGGCGCAAGUUUUACGAGUCGUACGGUAUCCAACCCCCCAAAGCCGACGACGCGACGUCGCCACCUGGUUCCCCUACCCUCCAGCACACGCACAGCUUUGGCCAUUCCCACCACUUGAGCCUCGGUUCGAACAACAGCGCCUCGAGCCCCACCGCAGCGAUUGUGUGGAAUGACCCGCUGUUGCUCAACACCAUUACCACGGUCAAGCUCAUCCAGGGCGCUUUGGCCCUAUGGGGACUGUUUGGACCGCAUGCAGGCGACGACUGUGUGGAAAUUGACGGCCUGUUCUGUGACGAGACCAAGGCCGGCAUCUUCCGAUGGCGACGGGUCAUGGGGUUGGAGAUGGACGACGCGUACAAGAUUGAGAGAGAAACGUCCGGCGGUUGUAUCGACCCACGCACACUCACCGCACUGCUCACCUCUGUCACGUCUGUUCGAUACCAACUGGCGUCCCUGGGCGUUGAAAAGCUCCCCAAAGACCCCUUUACCAACCCACGCCGCUUCCUCCAGGCCUGGCGCGCCUUCCCGCCGACGCAGGGAAAAUACCUCUCCGUCUCUGGCAUUCGCGCUCUCAACGCUUGCCACGUUCAAGGACGCAAGGCGCACCCCACAGACGCGCUCAAGGUCCACCGGUUUUUGCUCUCGGGCGUCGCGUCAGCGACCAGCAGCAUCUCCAACAACCUCAAGGGCGGCGCAAGCGACGACUUGUCUACCCCGCUGCGCAAACGCGAGCAGCACAUGAUCUUUGGGGCCGACGAUGGCGGCGAGUCUGGGCUGGGCAUGAUUGUCCCCGAGGCGCCUCCCGACACGAACGCCGUGUCCGCGCCCGACACCAUUACCAGCGACAUUGACGCCUACCACCGCCUCUUGCUCAAGUCGAAAGAAAAAGAGUGGGACGUCAUGGGUGCCAGACCCAUCGCCGAGCUGUUCAAGGGCCAGGCUCCCGAACGUGCCAUGGACGGCGAAGCAGACCGGUACUAUGACCCGCUUCGCGCGUUCCGCCGCCGACCCAUCCAGGACGACGCGGACGACGACGGUGCCGUUGGCGCCACCAUGGGCAGAGUCAAGGGCAUGCGCUCCAAGACUGGCGCGGCGCUCAAGGGCAGCUUUGCGCUCGUCGGUGUCGGACGGGCAUCCAAGGGCAUGUCGGACGCGAGCGACUCGGAAGGAGCGAGCAAGGGCAAGAAGCGGGGUGUGCCAAUGGUCAACGUGGAGGCGGACGACGACGACGUGCUGUCUGUCCUCUCGCGCUCGCCGUCCCCGCGCGAGCCCAUCACCCCGUCCCCGCGCCAGCACACCACGUACCCUCAGGUCCACUCGCCGCUGCAACAGAGCAUGCGGCUGAGUGUUGCCGGGACCAACGUCUCCGGCGACACCAGCGACGUGUCCAUGGGUGGGUCGACGGUGGGCCGGCCGAGCCUGCCGAGCCUGCCCAGCAUCCAAACGGGUCCUCUUGACCGGAGGAGGUCAGCGGCCACGGCCAUUUCGACAACCACCAGCGCCGGCGAUCGCAGUCGCGCAUGGGCGAGCCCGCAGCCGCGCGUCCCAAUGCUGCGUACCGCCAGUGACGGCGCCGACGUCGUCGUCGCUCCCGGAGGCAAUGAGUUUGCCGUCGCCAACCCGCACGGUACCGGCCGGCGUGAGGAGGCCGUUGUGGACGGCACGGUGCAGCUCGAGCCGCAGCUCGAGAGCGAUUUCGGCAUUGACCGCGCGGCGCUCAAGCGCACAAACUCGUUCCAGAACAGAAGCUACUACCGCGGGUUCCGCAUAAAGCCCAAGGACCAUCUGGCUGUCGAUGUGGAAAUGUGCGCGCUGGUGUGGGAGCUGCGUAAAAAGGAAAAGGCCCUGCAGAAGCGUACAGAGGACAUGAUGGUUGUGGAGAAGAGCGCGUUUGCAGCGACCCAAGCGAUGAUGGAUGCGGCCCGGUCGCGCCGCGACCGCGUCGACAACCUCGAGGCCGAGGUCCGGCGCCUGCAGUAUGACCUGUCGCGCGCGGCCAGCGAGGACGUCGACGAGGACCGCGCGCUGCAGUGGGCGUCAAGCAAGCUCCUGUUCUUCCUCUCUGAAGACACCAACAUCCACGAACUCAGGUGGCAGCUGCGCGAGCUGGAAAAGCACUGGGAGAGUAUGCGCGAGGAGCGCGAGGAGGCCGUCGAGGCCGUCAGGAGGGAGGAGGCCAAGCCGUGGUGGAGGCUCGGUUAUUGA